ACCUGGGAGGGCCGGCUGGCUGGGAACCGCGACGCGCCCGCCACCCCACCCCACCCCACCCCCAGCGCUCCCCCCGCUCCCGGCCCCGCGGCCGCUCCCUCCCCCGCGAGCAGGAGCGCGGGCCAAGCGGUGUCGGUGCAGCUGGCGGGGCGCGGGCGCGGAGCGCGCUGCCCGCGGGGCCGCUAUUAAUAACGCGGCUCGGCCGGGUCGGGGUCGGCAGCCAUGGCCAGCCAGGAGCCCCGGCUCGGCGGGGACGGCGCCGCCCAGGCCGCGAGGGAAACAAGAGCAGAGACCAACUCUCUUCAGGAGAACACAGAAUAUCUGAAUGAAAUGAGAACCUCCAAUCCAGAAGUUACGCUAUCAUUGGAGGGGACUUUGAACUUAGAGGACAUUCUCUUCCUGGGAAACACAGAUGACUUUGAUGAGACACUGUAUAUGGGAGAGAAUGAAAAGCCGGAGCAGACACUGUUUAUUGAGGAGACCAGGCAGCCAGAUGAGACCCUGUUUGCGGAGGAGACUGUGAAACCAAAGGAGACACUGUGUGUAGAAGAGACUGUGAAACCAGAAAUACAGUUUGUGGAGGAGACUGUGAAAACAGAGAGGCUGUGUAUAGAACCAGAGGAGAUAAAGUUUGUGGAAGAACCAGAGAAGGCAGAAGAAACAGCCACAAGCCCAGAGCAGAAUGUUUAUGGGGGAGAGACGGUCACAAGUGAGGAGAAAACUAAUCCUGAGGAGAACCCCAGGGCUGGGUCUAGCCCUAGCGCAGAGGAGAACCUGAGCCUAGAGGACCUGGAAUUGCUGGAGUGCCGUUUCCAGGAGUGUGUCCAGGCUGUGGCCCAGCUAGAAGAAGAGAGGGACCAGCUGAUCCAUGAGCUGGUGUUGCUCCGGGAACCAGCCUUGCAGGAAGUCCAGCAAGUCCAUCAGGACAUCCAGGCUGCCUACAAACUCCAUGCCCAAGCAGAACUGGAGAGGGAUGGGCUAAAGGAGGAGAUCCAGCUGGUCAAGCAGAAGCUAUUCAAGGUGACCAAGGAAUGUGUGGCCUACCAAUACCAGCUGGAAUGCCGCAGGCAGGAUGUGGCACAGUUUGCCGACUUCCAGGAAGUGCUCACUACACGGGCAGCCCACCUCUCAGAGGAACUGGCCCAGCUCAAGGAUGCCUGCCUGAAGCAGAAGGAACAGCUACGGCAACAGCUCGAGGCACCUCCGGCCCAGAGUGAUGGCCACUUUCUCCAGGAGAGCAGACGCCUCUCUGCCCAGUUUGAGAACCUCAUGGCAGAGAGCCGCCAGGAUCUGGAGGAGGAAUAUGAGCCUCAGCUGCUGCGGCUCCUACAGAGGAAAGACGCUGCGGCCAAAGCUCUGCAGAAAACUCAGGCCGAGAUCCAGGAGAUGAGAGAGGCCUUGAGACCAUUGCAAGCAGAGGCCCAGCAACUCCACUUGCAAAACAGAAAUCUGGAGGACCAGAUCACACUUGUGAGGCAAAAACGAGACGAGGAGGUGCAGCAGUACCGGGAACAGGUAGAGGAAAUGGAAGAGCGACAGAGGCAACUAAGAAGUGGAGUGCAACUCCAGCAACAGAAGAACAAAGAGAUGGAGCAGCUAAGGACCAACCUUACUGAAGAGCUUUCAACUUAUAAGGGCUGUUUAGAAACAUAUGGCUGAAUAUGCAGCCCAGAAACAAAAAGACUUAAGGAAGCGAUCACCAAGUAUGACAUACUUUUUUCCAGUGAAAAGGGAGUUCCAGGGCAGUUCACCCUGAGAAAGUUACAACUGGCUGGAGGCAGAAUAUCAUCGCUGAACUCCUGGCAACCAAUACUGAUGUCAAUGCAGAAGAACAGGAAAAUGGGCAUCCUAUCCUUCAGCAGCUCAUGCACACGGAGUAAAGGAUGACUGCAAUGACACAUGUUGUAGUAUUAUGAAAAAUGUAUCUUGCCUGGUGUUGAUGUAAACCAAAAACUUUUUGAAGCCCAAAAUGGGUCAAAAAAGACAACUGAGUUUUUAUUAUAUAGAUUUACAAUUUGAAUUACUUUAUGCCGUAAGUGUUAAGACGUAAAAACUUACUUUAUCUCUAAAUACAGGUCCCAGUGUGUGUGUGUGGGGAAAAUCUUGACUUCUCUAUGAGAAAAGGUUCAAACACCUUUUCCAAAUUUAAAUUUUGCCUUAAAAGUCUUUCUGCCACACUGCCUUGAUAUUCUUCAAAGUCUAUAUAGUCCUUUAGAAACAAACUUCAAAAAGAUGUUAUUUUAUAAAGACUAAGUCUGUGCACCUGA